AUGUCAAAGAAAGCUCAACGAGUUAUCUUUCCAAAUUAUGAUGAGUUAAUGGAACUAUGCAAAGAAAACUUGUAUACUCUUCGGACAACUGACGAAGAUGAAGUUAACAAAAUUUACGACAUGAUCAAAGAGAAGAUGUAUUCACCAGAUCAAAUCAUAAGGCAUAUUAAUUACUUGUCAACACUCAAUCUUCGUUAUAUCAAGUCUUACUAUCUCAUCUUCAAAAAGUUGUACAACGAGUACCAUCCAAGGCAAGCAAAAACCAUCAUACCAAUUCUUGAUUACUUUUACUACAAAGAGUUUGGUGUUGUUCUAAACGAAAUUCAUAGAGAUUCAUUUGAUUACUUCAAAGAUGUUACUUUUAAUGUUCAUGAAGAUUCUCCUAUAUACAGAGCGAUCAUUGAAGACAAUAAGAAGAAUUUCAUUAUAUUUUCACAGCAUGAUAGUUUCGAUCCAGAAAAGAGAUUGAAGAGCUUGCUGUAUCCAAAAUCCGAAGAAGGAUAUUCAUUCAUCGAAUUGUGCUGCUUACAUGGUGCUGUUAAUUGUUUCAAAUAUCUGAUCACAGAGUACGAUUCGAAUAUCACACCGAAAUGUCUUCAAUUCUCAUUCUUGAGCGGAAAUCCAGAAAUCAUGAGUACUUGCCUGAAAUAUCAGCAACCGGACAAAGAGUGCAUGAAGUGUGCAAUCAUUUCGCACAACAUUGAUUUCGUUUCAUUCUUGGUGAACGAACACAAGAUAGAAAUAGAUCUCGCUUCAUGCAGCAAGUACUGCAACGUUCAAGCAUUCUUAUUGUACUACACUCUCUCAAAGGAUACAGAUGGAUGUUUCGUAUACUCACCUUCAUUUAUGAGUCUUCCACUGUGUGAGUUUUUCAUAAAGAAAGUCGUAAAUAUCAACAAGAAAUGCAAGGACAAUUGUGGAAUUUUGAAUAUCGCAUCGGCAAACAACUUCAAAGAAGUUGUUAACAUUCUUCUAGAAAAGAAGAUAUUCACAAAUAUGAAAGACAGUGCAGGAAACAGUUGUCUUCAUAAUGCAGUUCUGAGUGAUAGCAAUGAAUGUGUCGAAAUUCUUCUUUCGCAUGGAAUGAAGCCCAGAAUCCAGAGAGAGAAUGGAGAAACUCCACUCCACUGCGCAUCUGCACUAAACUAUCGAGAUAUUGCCGAAAUCCUCCUUUCACAUGGUGCAAAUGUUAAUGCAUUAGAUAAAAAUGGCGAGAGUUCGCUCCAUCUUGCAUUAAGAAAUGGUGCAAGAGAAACUGUGGAACUUCUUCUAAUGAAUGGCGCAGAUCCGAACAUAAUUUUUGAGAAAGGAAGAUCUUCAAUUCAUGAGGCCUCAAUAAAUAAUAUGAUUAAGACUAUUGAACUCAUGCUGACAAAAGGCAUAAAUAUUGAUGCAAAAGAUGAAGAUGGAAAAACAGCUCUUCAUUAUGCAACAAUAUAUCAUAAAAGAAAAAUAGUCGAAUUUCUUGUAUCUCAUGGUGCAGAUGUCAAAGCAAGGGAUAAUGACAACAAAACAGUUCUUCAUUUUGCUGCAAUAUAUGAUCGUAAUGAGGAAGCAGAGUUUCUAUUAUCUUGUGGAUUAGAUGUCAAUGCAGUUGAUGAUAGUGGUAAGACAGCACUUCAUUAUGCAUCUGAAAAUGGUAUGAAAACAACUGCAGAGCUUCUUAUCUUGCACGGAGCAGAUGUUAAUGCAAAUGAUGACUCGAAGAAUACUGCCAUUUAUUAUGCAGCUCAAAAUGGUCAUUCAGAUAUUGUAAAGCUCCUCGUUUCAAGCGGUGCUGAUGCUAAUCAAAAGUUCAUGUAUAUGAAUAUAUCAGUACUUCAUAUUGCCUCUGGAUUGAAUGACACAGCACUAGCAGAAUUUCUUCUCUCGCACGAUGCAGAUGUCAAUACGAAAGACAUUCUUGGAAGAUCUCCUAUUUGGUAUGCUAUUGGAAUAGAUGAUUACUAUGAUUAUCAGAAAGAGUUACCAGAUAUUGAAGGAAUUAUCGAACUAGCUAAUAUUCUCAUUUCUCAUGGCGCAGAAGUCAAUGAAAAUGAUAUUUACGGACUAACUCUUCUUCAUCAUGCAGCAGGAUAUCCGAAGAAAGAUAUCGCAGAAUUCCUUAUUAUGCAUGGUUCAGAUGUCAAUGCAAUUGGUAAACAAAACAAUACUGCUCUUCAUAUUGCAGCAAAACACCAAAAUGUCGACUUGGUUAGGAUGCUCAUUUUGAACGGCGCUGACCCAUACAUAAAGAAUAUAAAUGGUCUCACACCUAUUGAUAUAGCAGAAAAGAUGAAAAUAAAGCAAUUCAUUGAUGAAUUGAUUCAUCCAAAAGAAGAUCACUAA